AUGGAAGAAGUUUUAGGUGUAAUUUCUUUAGGAUCAACAAGUAACCCUUUGAUUGAUUUUGAAACUACUAAUGAUAUAACUAUAAAGUUAGUAACUGGUAAAAUGCCUAGAACAAUAGAAUUACUUGUGAAAAUAGAGCCAGAUGAUGAUCAGGACUUUCAACUCUCAGUGGAUACUUCUUUCUCAUCAUAG